CGUCUUUAGCCGCCUUUGGCCACUUCGCUCGCACUACUCGGCUCAGUCGGACCGACCGGUCCCGUCGUGCAGCGUCUCCGGCAGCGUCCAGUCGCCUCCGCGCCCGACAGCAUCAUCAUCAUCAUCCCUCUCUCUCUCUCUCUCUCUCUCUCUCUCUCUCUCUCUCUCUCUCACCUGUCCUCUCCUCCUCACCUGUCCUCUCUCCUCUUCUCGAACCCCGCUGAAGUGAAGUCGCCGCCGGCAGCGCAGCAGAGGAGCCACGAUGGAGGCCAUCAAGAAGAAGAUGCAGAUGCUGAAGCUGGACAAGGAGAACGCGAUCGACCGCGCCGAGCAAGCCGAGGCGGACAAGAAGGGCGCCGAGGACAAGUGCAAACAGCUAGAGGAGGAGCUGCUGGGCUUGCAGAAGAAGCUGAAGGGUGUGGAGGAUGAGCUGGACAAGUAUUCGGAGUCCCUGAAGGAUGCGCAGGAGAAGCUGGAGCAGGCCGAGAAGAAGGCCACCGACGCAGAGGCUGAGGUGGCCUCCCUGAACCGCCGCAUCCAGCUGGUGGAGGAGGAGUUGGACCGUGCCCAGGAGAGGCUGGCCACCGCGCUGCAGAAGCUGGAGGAGGCCGAGAAGGCGGCUGAUGAGAGCGAGAGAGGCAUGAAGGUCAUUGAGAACAGGGCAACCAAGGACGAGGAGAAGAUGGAGCUCCAGGAGAUGCAGCUGAAGGAGGCCAAACACAUCGCUGAGGAGGCUGACCGCAAAUAUGAAGAGGUGGCACGCAAGCUGGUCAUCCUGGAGGGCGAUCUGGAACGUUCCGAGGAGCGUGCAGAGGUGGCCGAAGCUAAAUCUGGUGACCUUGAGGAAGAGUUGAAAAAUGUUACCAACAACUUGAAGUCUCUGGAGGCCCAGGCCGAGAAGUAUUCACAAAAGGAGGAUAAAUAUGAAGAAGAAAUCAGAGUCCUUACUGAAAAACUGAAAGAGGCUGAAACCCGUGCUGAGUUUGCUGAAAGAUCUGUUGCCAAACUUGAGAAGACUAUUGAUGACUUAGAAGAGAAACUGGCCCAAGGUAAAGAGGAGAACGUACGAUUACACCAGGUGUUGGACCAGACCCUGCAGGAACUAAACAAUUUAUAAAGAGCACGUGAGCCCUCCAAAAGAGUUGAGGAGAGAAGGCAAACCAAGAAUAAAGCUUUACUGAAGGGCCUGUUCCUCACUGACACACAUUUCACCCCCUGUCCCAAUGUUAACAUGUCUUGAUGAAGGGAAAGUCCUUAUUGUCCAAUUUGUAUGUGUAGUUGAAUUUUGGGGAGUUUUUUUUCUUUUGCUCAAAUGUGGUUGCGCCAUGCCUGGUCUUCAGGGCUAAACAGAAGCGAAACUUUCGCACUCAUGCUAAUCACACAGUACAGACAUGGAGCCCUUGAACUAGUCACCUUUGUGCCUAUCACAGCAUAUGGGGUAGUUGAUGCGUAGCAAGUUUGUACUUUGUGAUUAGCAUCUGGAUUAGUCUUACCCUGUUUCAUUCUUACUGUUGAAGGUUUCUCUCCCAGAGAGAGGGCACUUGUUCAUUUUAAAAGUUGAAAGUUAUACAUUUCUGUUGACUGCGACGCUACCUUCCAACAAGCUUUGAUGUGAACUUAAAACUAUGAAGUCUGGGUCUUAUUGUUCAGUUGUUUUGUCCAUCUGUGUGUUGCUACAGCUGAAAUCCAUGAAAAUUACACUACGAUAUUGCCUUAAUUUGCUUUCCGAUGCAACAUAAAUUUUGGUUUAGCUAUUUAAAAUGAGCUCUAAAAGUGCUGUGUUGCCAAGGUAUCAAAGCUUGUUGAAAAUGUAUAAAUGUCAGCUAAAGAAACAAGUGCAGUAUUUUAUAAUUAACACCAUUGUUUCUACUUAAAAUUUUAUUUGUAAGAAUUUGAGAAAAUGGUAGAUGUUUUCUAAUCUCAGAUACCAGUGAAAUGAAACUUUUUAUGGAAUGUACUAGAAAUUGUUAGUGGGGAAAAGUUUCCUUGCCAUCUUAAAUAUGUUCAAAUGUUUUUGUUCUGUUCAUUUUUUUUUUUUUUUUUGUUAAUUAAACCUCAUUGACGUAGGCAAUUUGAUUUUAAUAUGUCUUAACUGAAAUGCCCUUUGGAAUUCCCAUGCCUCUGGUCCCUAGAGUACCUGGUAGUACCAAAUAUCUAUACCUUAAGUAAAAUUUGUUUUUGAACAAGAAAAUUGUAGAAAACAUUAAUGUAUUCCUUAAAGUUUUAAGUCAAAGCAAUUUUUAUCAUAAACCAUGUAAAUGUCUCAAAGUUUAUAAUUUCCAAUAAAUAUCCUGUUGCCCUCAUA